AUGAUCAUAUCCACCUUGUUAUGUGUCUUGUCCGGCUCAUCAAUCGGCCAUGCUGCUUCUCACUCAACCAGACCCGUGGCCGAUCUCGGCUACUCACGAUAUCAAGGAGUCAGACUUGCAGCAGGAGUAGACCAGUACCUAGGCAUGCGGUAUGCGGCACAGCCGCUAGGAACCCUCCGCUUCCGAGCUUCGCGAGGGCCUGUUCAUAAUUCCACUCUGCAAGAUGCAUCGGAGUUCGGCCCCAUUUGUGUUGGAACGGGCCAGAGCACCACAUCGACGAGAGCGGAGGAUUGUCUCUUUAUCAACGUGUUUACGCCGGCCGAUGCCACCGAACACUCGAAGCUGCCCGUCUGGGUGUUUAUCCAGGGCGGUGCCUAUGCGACUAACUCGAAUGCAAACUACAACGGGACCGAGGUCGUCCGGGAAUCUGGAAACAAUAUCGUCUUUGUCAACUUCAAUUACCGCGUGGGAGCGCUUGGAUUCCUAGCGGGCGCGGAAGUUCAACGACAUGGGGAUUUAAACGUUGGCUUGCUCGAUCAGAGAGAGGCAUUAAAGUGGGUGAAAAGGCAUAUUCGUCAGUUUGGCGGCAAUCCGGACCAUGUCGUUAUACACGGGGCAUCGGCUGGCGGUGGUUCAGUCUCGUUUCACCUCACAGCGUAUGGAGGCCGGAACGAUGGCCUUUUCGUGGGCGCCAUUCCUGAGAGUCCCUGGUGGGCCCCUCAAGUGACCAUCUCCGAGUCUGAGAUACUCUACAACCGCUUACUGCAGGCCGUGGGGUGCUCGACGCUCGCGUGCUUGCGCGCGGUGGAUGCCUCUGCAAUCCAAAAAGCCAACUUGAACGCACCAGACCAAGGCUUAAUUAGCUAUCCGGCCGGACUGGGAAAGUUCUGGCCCGUGAUAGACGGGGAUCUUGUUCGAGAUCGGCUCUAUGCUUCCUUUGAGAAGGGAAAGUUCAUACGGGUGCCGUUGAUGACGAUCAACGAUGCAUACCCCAAGAUGGACCCUGUUCCGCAACAUGCAGCAUACUUUCCCUCAGUCUCGGCCGCCUUUGGCGAUGCGACAAUCGUAUGUCCAGGGAUCCAUAUCACCAACAACAUGGCCAGAUUUUUCGAACACGGGUCUGACAAGGUGUGGAACUACCGCUAUAAUGUCCAGGAUCCGCCGCGGAUUGCUGCCGGGCUUGGUGUCACGCACACCUUCGACCUCCAGGCCAUCUUCGGUCUGAAUUAUGGCAGUAGUGUCAGCAGUAGCAUGAGGGAUAUAACGCCAAUCAUUCCAGUUGUGAUGCACUACUAUAUCAGCUUCAUACGAACACUGAACCCGAAUCUGCUCAAGGCUGAUAGCGCUCCAUUCUGGAAGCCAUGGGGGGAUGGAGAAAGAUUGAAAGUCCAAACAAAUGCAACCGCCAUGGAGACAGUAUCUGCCGUCCAAUGGGAUCGGUGUAGUCUAUGGAAGCGAUUGGCGCCCGUGUUGGAGGGUUAA